GCAGCGAGAGAAGCGAGAAGACGAGCCAUCGACCGCCGCCUUCUUUUUCCUCUUGGAGGUUGGAGUCCCCUAGGCGCCCCCACACGGCUAGACACCUCCGCUGGUUCGCGACGCAGCCCCCCGGCCGUGGAUGCUCGCUCGGGCUCGGGAUCCGCCCAGGGGGACCCCAUUCCUGAGGAGCUCUACGAGAUGCUGAGUGACCACUCGAUCCGCUCCUUCGAUGACCUCCAGCGGCUGCUGCACGGAGACUCCGUAGAUGAAGAUGGAGCCGAGUUGGACCUGAAUUUGACCCGGUCCCAUUCCGGAGGCGAGCCCGAGAGCUUGUCCCGAGGGAGAAGGAGCCUCGAUUCCUCCACGGUCGCCGAGCCAGCCAUGAUUGCCGAGUGCAAGAUCCGCACGGAGGUGUUCAAGAUCUCCCGGAGCCUCAUUGACCGCAGCAACGCCAACUACGUGGUGUGGCCGCCCUGCGUGGAGGUGCAGCGCUGCUCCGGCUGCUGCAACAACCACAAGGUGCAGUGCCGUCCGACCCAGGUGCAGCUGCGCCAUGUCCAGGUGAGGAAGAUUGAGAUGGUGCAGAAGAGGCUGAUCUUCAACAAGGCCACCGUGACGCUGGAGGACCACCUGGCCUGCCGGUGUGUGACAGUGGUUCCCGCACGACCCGUGAGCCGCACCACAGGGAGCUCCCAGGAGCAGCGAGCCAAGACGCCCCAAACUCGGGUGACCGUUCGAACGGUGCGAGUCCGCAGGCCACCCAAGGGGAAGCACAGGAAGUUCAAGCACACGCAUGACAAGAAGGCGCUGAAGGAGACCCUGGGAGCCUAGGGCGUCUGCAGGAGAGCGCGGGCAGGGUUAUUUAAUAAGGUAUUUGCUGUAUCGCCCCCAUGGGGUCCUUGGAGUGAUAAUAUUGUUCCCCUCGUCCGUCUGUCUCGAUGCCUGAUUCGGACGGCCAAUGGUGCUUCCCCCGCCCCUCCACGCGUCCGUCCGGCCACCCCUCUGCCAGCGGGUCUCCCCUCAGCGGCCUCCAGCGUCUUGCCCGGAAGCUUGAGAAGGAAAUGAAGGAUCUGGACUCCAUCGAGGUCUUCCUCCCUCCGACCCCAAGGACCUGGGA